AUGAGUACAGCGUCUAUGGCUUUAGAUAUACUAACCAAUGUAAUAAGUAAAAUUUUUAAACUUAAAGAGCAUCCCAGCUUACGCGGCACGCCGUUGGCGAUGCUAGCAGCGCAAUGCAACAAGCUUUCGAGUAAAUCUCCUCCGCCGCUAGCUGACGCGGCCGUCGGCAAGGGAUUCCAUCCCUGGAAGAAAAGUCCAGGGACACACUCGCCGCCAGGUGCUGGUGUAGCUCCUCGCUCGCAACCUCCAUCUUGUACCCCCUACGGACGAGCACCCACCUCGUGUGCUGCGGCUCCAACUUAUGGAAACGAUUUAUACUUUCCAUCAUCUGGAGAUCAACUCUUAGGAAAAAGUGAAUCUAGCGCAAGUCUCGGCUCAAUGUACUCGAGGCAUCCUUAUGAAUCGUGGCCCUUUAACGUCGGUGGAGGAGGUGGCGGUGGUGCCCUUAAAGCUGCGGAAAUGGGUGGAGUAAGUGCAGUCGGUAGCACCUGGUGGGACGUUCACAGCGGCUGGCUAGAUGUCGGAGGUCAAAUGGCAAAUUACGCUGGACAAGAUUAUUCACAACUCACACAUUCACUGUCUGGCGGGGCGCACCUGCUCCCGCCGGCCCCUCACCUCCUCCAAGACGCUUACAAAUCUGUUUUACCCACGCAAGGUUCUUUUGGGCUGCAUGCACCAGGAUCACCUGCACCGCCAGCUCAGGCACCCUCACCUAGAUCGCAACGACGGUACGCUGGGCGAGCAACCUGCGACUGUCCAAAUUGUCAAGAAGCCGAACGGCUGGGCCCAGCUGGGGCUCACCUACGCAAAAAGAAUAUCCACAGUUGUCACAUUCCAGGGUGUGGGAAAGUUUACGGAAAAACCUCUCACUUAAAGGCGCAUUUAAGGUGGCACACUGGAGAGAGACCGUUCGUGUGCAAUUGGCUGUUCUGCGGCAAAAGGUUCACGAGGUCAGAUGAACUACAGCGACAUCUGCGCACGCACACUGGGGAAAAGCGGUUCGCGUGUCCCGUGUGUAACAAGAGAUUCAUGAGGUCGGAUCAUCUUGCGAAGCACGUGAAAACACAUAACGGUGGCAAGAAGGGCAGUUCCGAUUCUUGUUCAGACUCCGAGGAGAACAGUCAGGGCGAGAGCGGCGUCGGGGGCAGAUCGCCUGAGCACCAGUUGGACGUGAAGCCAGGAACGCUGUGA